AUGACUAGCGAUCCCACAGCGUCGCCUAGAGACCUUGACGUCCUCAUCGUCGGUGCAGGUUUCAGCGGAAUAUAUCAGCUUCACCACCUUCGUAGCCGAGGCUUCUCGGUAAAGGUUGUCGAGGCUGGCGGCGAUAUGGGCGGGACGUGGUACUGGAACUGUUAUCCGGGUGCUCGUGUCGAUUCCGAACACAAGAUGUAUCAGCUCUCCAUCGACGAAAUAUGGAAAGACUGGAGCUUUUCGUGCAAGUUCCCGGAUUGGAAGGAGCUCCGACAGUAUUUCUAUCAUGCAGAUAAGAAGCUCGGUCUUCGUCGAGACAUACGUUUCAACACCCGGGUGAUCGCCGCAGAUUUCGACGACAAAGAACACCGGUGGAAUGUAACGACACAUGUGGGGGAAACCAUUCGUCCCCGUUUCCUAAGCAUGUGUACUGGUUUUGCAUCCAAGCCAUACGUGCCACCUAUCAAAGGCCUCGAGACCUUUCAAGGGAUCUGCCAUCAUACCGCGCUUUGGCCACAAGAGGGAAUCGAUCUGAGAGACAAACGGAUCGGGGUGGUGGGGACGGGGGCGAGUGGAGUCCAAGUCUUCGAGGAGGCUGCUAAAGUCGCUCAGCAUGUUACUAUCUUCCAACGCACACCGAACUAUGCAUUGCCGAUGAAUCAGGAGAUUUUCGACGAGGAAGCGCGGAGGAAGUUCAAGGAGAAACAGGCAGAAGCGUUCGUGAUACGCAGGACCCAUCCUUCGGGGCAUGACAUCCCGUACGUAGGCGAGAAAAUGUCAGAGAUGAGUCUUCAAGAGAGACAGGAAUUGUACGAGGGGCUAUGGGUGAAGGGAGGAUUCCACGUGUCGAAGGGAGGGUUCUCUGAGGUUGGCUUCAACGAAGAGGCUAACGAUUGGGUAUAUGCAUUCUGGCGAGACAAGGUUCGCCGACGCAUCCAUGACCCGCGUUUGAAGGAAAAGCUAGCACCGCAAAUUAAACCCCAUCCCUUCAAUACGAAGCGACUACCUUUGGAACAGACAUACUACGACGCUUUCAACCAACCUAAUACGACCCUAAUUGACGUGAAUGAAACACCCAUCUCCGAAGUCACGCCAAAGGGUAUAAAGACGGGAGACGGAGAGGAACACGAGUUCGAUAUCAUCGUUCUUGCCACCGGAUUCGAUAGUAUCACGGGGAGUCUAACGCAGAUAGACAUCAAGAGCACUGAAGGUGUUCCUCUGAGGGAGAAAUGGUCUAGCGGUUUGAAGACGCAUCUCGGCUUGAUGUCGGCGGGUUUCCCCAACAUGUUCUUCGUCUACGGGGCCCAUGGGGUGACAGCCUUUGGAAAUGGGCCAACUUGUCUUGAGCAACAGAGCGAUUGGAUUGUCCAAUGUCUCAAAGAUUUAAGGGGUGGCGGUACCACUAAGAUCGACCCAACAAGCGAAGCAGAGGCGGCUUGGACCCAACGCGUGAAUGAUCUAUGUGCAAAGGGUUUAUGGACCAAAGCGAAGUCCUGGUGGACGGGCGCCAAUAUUCCCGGUAAAAAGGUCGAGUGUUUGAGCUUCCCGGGAGGUUUGCCGCUAUACACGCAGCUUUGCCAGGAGAGCGCAGCGAACGGAUACAAAGGCUUCCUGCUGAGCUCCGUCGCGCCGAAGUUGGUAACCAUUGGGAACAUUGCCAGGCUCUAG